AUUCGUCAAUUUCAUAGGGUUUUUUCUUUGUUCGUAAAAAUGAAGCAUAUUUUAGAAGUUGUCGUGGUAUUUGCUCUGUUUGAGAGCUAUAUAUUAGCUGGUCCAAUAGCUGUUCCAGUAGAAAUUAUGAAGGUCGACAUACAACAAUUUUUAAAAAAUAAAGGCUCAAGUAUAACAGGUCAACGUGAGCAAAUCAUACAGCUUAUAACAAUAGUUGGCGAAACAAAACAUUCGGUCAUAUGGAAAGGCAACUUUAGUGAUCGAACUCGUAAGAAUAUACAAAUUGCCAUCAAAAUAACGAUGGAUCAAGGAUGUUAUGAUCGGGAAAUAGAAAUUUACAAAGCAUUGAAUGCAACGAGUGAUCCAAACAUCGAACAGUACGGUAUUCCAAGAAUCUAUUAUCAUGGAUCGCUUCUUGAAAAGUAUCGUGUCAUCGCAAUGACUUUGUUCGAUGGAACUCUCGAAGAUUUGUACAAGAAAAAGGGGAAUAUUUCACCGGAUCUAAGUGUUUUAAUUAUUUUCAAACAAGCAGUCAAAAUAUUGGCACAUAUACAUAAUGUUGGAGAAAUCUUACAUAAUGAUAUUAAGCCUGCGAAUAUUUUUCUAAAAGACUUGAAAGUAUUUAUCGGAGACUUUGACUAUGCCACAUUGGACUUUGGCCAGACCAUUGGCCAUUCGCCAAUAUUUGCUUCGAAAAACUUCUACAACUCUAAGAAUCGAUAUCCGAUGGAUGAUCUUGAAUCAUUGUGUUAUUCAAUGUGGUACGUAACUGGUGUCCCAAUGGUUCGAACAUUAGAGAAUGAUGCAGAGUCUGAGGGAUGUAUGCUAUCUAGAUGUACAACAAACGCAGCUAAAAAAGAAAGAAUGAUGCAAAAAUGCCAACACUAUAAGAACAAGAGCGUUAAAAAAGCAUUUGAGUUCAUUUGCGCCGACCAAGUUAUAUGUGGAGGAAUAUGCAUAGACUAUAAUCGAGUUUUAAAGGAAUUGGACGAUGCCUUAGGCCACGUGGAUCAUUCAGUGAAAUUAAAUUGGUUGACGGGAGCUUCAAGUAGUAGACACUAGAAGGUUUAAAUGCUUUUUUCAGUAUGCGAUGUAAAUAAGAAAUUAUUUUAGACAAAGCUAGUGUAUAAGAUCGAAUAAAAAAAUUAUUGCUGAAAAUAUGAAAA